ACGCCGGCCGGUUGACGUCUAGUCGUAGCCGGAAUAUUACGAUCAGCUCAUUUACACAGAUAUAACGAUGGAUUUAGCAAGCAAUGGAGGAGGGGAUGAAACCCAAACUAUUGCAAUGAAAGGAGCGGCAGUGUUGCUCGUGAUCGGUGAACCUUUUUCAGAGGAACACAGAACACUUAUUCUUUCGGAUCUCAGUAAAGGUUUCCGUAGCUGGGAUGUGGAGGGGACAGGUGUAGACAUCAAUGAUGAGCUGGCACACAUCGCCAACCGGGCAGACCUGGGCGAGCAGGGUCCAGAUGCCUCCCCUUACGGAUAUCCGCUGAAGGAAGGUGAGCGUGUGAUUAGGCACAGCUCGGAGCAGGUUUCUGUGGAGAUACUGGUCAACCCCCAAGCCCAGACAGUCAGCCUCGGAGUCAAGGCUUUUCUGACCACACCCUCCAAGCACAAGCACCUCAUCUACGCCGGCCAUGCCUUUCAGGGCUCUGGGGCAUGGAUCCUGCAGGAUGACACGUUCACGUACGGCAACUUUGCGCAGGCAUUUAAGGACCAGGAUGUGAACAAUGCCAUGAAGCAGCAGCAGGGCAGUACUCUACACAUCUACACAAACGCAGAGGGAGAAUGGUCCAACGGACACAUCUCCAAGAGCGACUUUGCCAAGCAGUUGAAUGUCAAACUCAAUCCAACUGACAAACUAGACAAUAGCCAUGGUGUGCUGCAAUUUUCAGCCUAUGUUAGUAAUUUCAUUAAAGUUAGGCAAUUGAAUGAACUGUUACAGUCUUCUGAUGUUGUAGGCAAUAUUAGAUUCUCUCGCCCUACUCUCUACAUAUUCCCAGGCUGUCAAGGUGACUCUGCCCUCUUCGGCAUCAAUGGAUUUAACUUGCUUGUAAAUGGGGGAUAUAGCAGAAAGGCUUGUUUCUGGGACUUUACACGCCACCUGGACAGAAUUGAUGCUGCACUUAUGACCCAUCUUGGUGCAGACAAUCUCUAUGGAUUCAAGUCUGUACUGCAGAGAAAGAGUAUUGAAAACAUCCACCCGGAGAUAGGCUUUAUGUAUGUGAAUGGAUCUGAUAAGGUUAAGACUCCGACUGAGGGUGAGGGGAAUGAGAAGAAGGAAGAAACAUUGCAAAUUAACCUUGCGGAGGAAGGAAACCAAAUAAUACAGUUUGCCAAGCAGAUGGGUCAGGCUCCUCAGGCCUGCUCACGCUCUUUGUCUGGCCAGAGUAUUGAGCCUAUCAACCUUUACCACAAAGUUGGUAUUGGUUCCCUGGAUAUGUACAUCCUCAACCCAGUCAGUGAUAGCAAGGAAUUGAAGGACUUCUACCAGCAGUGGAACCAGCGUGUUGCCCAGUUUGGGUCAAACCAACACCUUCCCUUGCCCAACACCCUGUCUGUGUGUGCCCUGCUGGUCUGGAGACCAAGCGACCCCAAUGAUAAGAUAACAAGGAUCUUCUUCCCUGGAAAUGCCCCACAGCACAAGGUCAUUGAGGGAUUGGAGAAGCUUAAAUCUUUGGAUGUUUUGAAACAUCCUUCCUGCACAAAAUCAACUUUAAAUGCAAAGCCAGCAAAAAAAGCAGCUACUCCAAGGCCACCACUGAAAUCUAAAGUUUCGCCUGUAACAACUCCAAGAAAUGAAACUCCAGAGAAAACAAAGAAAGAAGUGAAGGAAACAGCCUCCAAAACAGCAACGGCUCCUAAGCCAAAGCCACCAAUGCAAAAGGUGAAGAAAGAAGAGGUCAACAAAAAAACAAUGAAGGGACCUGAAAAAGAAAAAAUUGCUGCGAAGACUGAAAAAAUUGCAGUAAAGUCUGAAAAAAUUAAAGUUGAAAAAACCCCAGCUAAAGACAAACCGACAAGGACUACACCAUCUAAACCAACAAGUAUAACAAAAACCCCUGUUCCAAAGACAGCAACACCAUCCAAGAACUCUGCAUCGGCAGCACCAUCCAAGAACUCUACAUCUUCAACACCAUCCAAGAACUCCACACCAUCAAAGGGGUCUGCAAAAAGUUCUGCUUCUUCAACACCUAAAGCAAUAGCCUCACCAUUGAAAGCACCUGAAAUAAAAACUGAAAAGCCGGAAGAAGUGAAAGAUUUGCCACCAAAGGAAUCUUCUCCUGAAACUGUUCAAGCUACUCCUGAUCUUGUUGAUUUCUCCUCAAGGGAUGAACCACAACCAAAACAGGAGACUGAAGCAGUUGAGCAGCAACUAACAGAGCCUAAUGGAUUUCAUGAACAGAUCAUGGAUACUGCAUCUCCUUCUGGUGAAAUUAUUCAACCUGAUGCAAUAGAGCCAGUUCAGUCACAACAAGAGUCACCUUCACCUCUAUCAGAUGUAACCCCAGAAACUCUCCCAGAACCAAUGGCACCUGGGAUGCCUUGCACCACACCAGCCAUGGGUAAAGAAGAAAUGCGAGAGCUUGGUAUUUACGAUGAAGAUGAGGACAUAGAGGGUGACCUGGAUGCACAGCAAGAAACUGCAGAAGACAAUAGGGUUCCGCAUAUGUUUGGAGGAAUGGCAGAUAGCAUGCAUGAGGAUUUGAUGGGUGGCUUUAGUGCUCCUAGUAAUGCCAUGCAAGGAAGUUUCCAUGGAGAUUUAAUGUCUGGUAGCAUGCAUGAAAGCAUGUUUGACAGCCAUAAACCAUUUGAUGGUCCUGUAAUUGUAGAAAACGGUGAAUCCAAUGCUGACGAUUUGACACCUGAAGAGGAAACAUCAGAGGAGAUCCAGCCGCAGGCUCUACCAGAACCUGUUGCCUAUGCCCCAGAGAGCUAUGGGCAAGAGCCUGAUAUUAUUCCAACAAUUGAAAGUAAAGAAGAGACCAUUCUUGAACAAAUAUCAACUCCAACAAUUCAAGAACCUGACUUAUUGCCUGUAAAACAGGAUUCUGAAAAACAAGAAGUAGCCAACAUUUUAGACACUCCCGAUGAGGUUGAAAAUGUACUGCCAGAAGAUGAUAAAAUAGUAGAUGCUGAAGAAAAAGAUACAAGCAGAGAUUUAGAAAAAGACAAAAUUAUUGAUCCUGAACAGGACACUGAGGAACAAAGCCUUGAACCUGUAGUUGUUGAGGAAAAGGAAACAUUUGAAACACAGCCAGAUACUCAGUGUCAGCCAGAGAUAGACAGUGAUGAAGAGUUUAAGGAAGAACCCGGAAGAGAACCCCAAAUGGAGUCUGGAAUGCCAAAACCUGAACAAUUACAUGAACAAAUUUCUGCCAAUUUACAUCAGCCAGACGAAUAUAUUGACAAAGCACAAGGAGAGCAAGAUUUACUGGAAAGACCCCUCAGCCCUGAACCAGUGGAGGAAGAACAAGAAGACCUAAAUGAUAACACUAGACAAACUGAUUCUAUUGAACAAUCCUUUGGAAUUGGCUCGUCAGAACUAAAACAAGCUGCUUUGAAUAACUUUGAAAAUAUUGAAAAUGACUUUGAUGCGGAUGAGGCUGAAGCAACAAAAUCACCUGUGAUCGAAGAACAAAAAACUGGUGAAAAUGACUUUGAGGCUGAAGCAACAAAAUCACCUGUGAUCGAAGAACCAAAAGCUGGUGAAAAUGACUUUGAGGCUGGAGUACCAGAAUCACCUGUGACAGAAGAACAAAAAACUGGUGACAAUGAUUUUGAGGCUGAAGGAUCAGAAACACCUGUUACAGAAGAACUAAAAGCUGGUGAAAAUGACUUAGAGGCUGAAGUACCAGAAACACCUUUGACAGAAGAUCAAGAUGCCAAUAUUGGAGCAAAACAAGAAGAAGAAUCUGUUGAGCAAGCUCACAUAGAUGAAUUACAAGAACAAGAUGUUCAUGAAACCCCUAAGUUUGGAGAACAUGAACCAGAAGAUACAGAUGAUGAUAGAGCAGAGAGUCCGGACUCACAGCUUGGUUCACAAGAUCUCAACAGAGAUUCACUUGAAAGAGAUGUUAUGGCUAAAGAACAAUGUUCAGAUGAAGAGCAUGUGCAGAGAGAUAGCAUUGAAAGAGACUCUGAGGAAAGAGACAGUAUUGAAAAAGAUUCAGAAGAAAAAAUGCCUGAGAGAGAUUCUGAGGAAAGAGAUAGUAUUGAAAAGGAGCGACAGACUGAGAAGAUAAUUGAUCCAGCUGAACAAAGGGAAAGUCUAGAAAGGUCAUAUGAAGAUGAUAGUGAAGAAACAGAAGAGACAGAUGAUGAGGAGGAGGAGGAUGAAGAAGAAAGCAGUUUUGAUCAAGAUGAAAACACAGAUGAGAAAUGUCUUAUUGAUGAAAAGGAAGGUGUUAAAGCUGAUCAUAAGUCAGCAGAUUAUCAAAUGGAUCAGCCUACAGAUAGUUUGCAGUCACCUGAAUCUGAGUACACUGAUGCCAGUCAUGGCGGACAAGUUGGCUAUCAUCAAAUGGAUGAACAAGAUGGUGAUUCUGUUGAUGAUCUAGAUGAUAAACAAAUGAGCCCAAUGAAUCAACAACCUCGUCCUUUCAGAGAUGAAUAUGAAAAGUAUGGAGCCCCCUCACAUCCUUCUGGGCCCAUGUCUAGCAAUCCUUUCGAGGCUUCUGCCCCAGGUACCAAUCCUUUUGAUGGAUAUGGCCAACCUCAGCAACCACAGAACACUUUUGAUGAUUCUCCAGAUGAUGACAACAUCAAUGGUGGGCCUACAAACUUUGAUCCUCUGUCUCAGUGGGGACAGCCCAUGGGACUACCUUUUCCAGCUCCUCCUGGAGAAAAUAAUCCUGCGGCAGCCAGUUCUAAACUACCUGCAUCAAAACCAGAUAGUAAAAAACCAGGGUCAGCAAAUACUAAACGACCAACAUCAGCUGCUAAACCAACAGCUAGUAAUGGAGUCCCAGAAAAAUCCAAGUCUGGCAAUCUGAAUUCCUCAAAAAUGACCACUGGUGGAAGCACAAAUUCAUCACGCCUGUCAAUGGGAGGUAAAACCAGCAAGUCAAGACCACUUUCAGCACCAAUUAAAUCACCAUCAGAUGAUAAGUCAAAAGCAAAUGGUAUCAAGCGCCCAGCAACAGCUACUGGCUCAAAGGCAACCUCAGUUUCAAAUAAGAUGCCAACGCUCCCAGCUUUUACACCAUUCUAUGUAGACCUGACCUACAUCCCAGCACAUGGCAAUCCCAAUUACAGUGAUAUUGAGUUCUUCAAGCGUGUGAGGGCACGCCACUAUGUGUUGAGUGCCCUGUCCCCUAACACACAGAUACUAGAUGCACUGCUAGAAGGCAAGAACACCUGGGAGGACAAGACCCUGCCGGUCACCAUCAUACCAACCUACGACAACGAGACCCUGCGUCUCUGGAUGAGCCUGCACAAGGAGAAGCUUGCUGACGCCAAGGUCGAGAUUGCUCCCUCUGCAAACAGAUGCACAAUCCAGCUCCAAGACCAUGAAACAAGUUGCUCUGCUUAUAGGCUGGAGUUCUAGUCAUUUCACACAACUUUAUUGGAUUUCAUAAAAUGAGCUAGUUCUUUUUGGAAUUACAUUGGACUUCUCAAUUUAAUCCAAAGGUUGUUAAAUAUGUGUUCUAAAUGUGCUCAUAAGGAUAUAUAAAGAGCGGACUUUCAAGAAUCUCUAUAAUAACUGUGUGCAUGUUAAUCAAUCUAGUAGUUAUAAUCUGAUAGUUGAGGAAUGAUGAAGUAAUCAUUGUGAUAAUGAUGGGAACAAAGGUUCGGGGGUUUUUCAUGUAUUUUCGAAUCCUGUUGGAUUAUUAUUACACCCAGCUUAAUAAUUAUUGUUGUGAACAUGGACAUUUUAUAGUCGGCUAUGCGAUGUUGCAAUGUUGCAAGCCAAGUGGUUCUUUUGUGCUUAUUCAUCAAUUGUAAUAUUAGCUUGUGCAUUAACUUUUAAACAGUACCAUAGAUGUUUUUUAAGUCAAAUUAAAUGGAUAGCAUAAGUAAAAAAAAAAAGAAAAAGUAAAAUCUUUCUACCUUAUACAUUGUAAAGGCUGAAUUGUUCUGUUUCGCACACUAAAAUAAUUGUUCAAUAUCCCUUUUAGUAGAAUAAUCGUGUGCUAAACAUACCUAAAUGCUCAUGUAGACACAAGAGGUUGAUAAGAAUUUGUAGGAUGUAAUAUGUUAUCAGUAUUCCAUUUCUCAUUAUCAUUGAUAUUUGUAAUUUUGUUGUAAAAUGUUGCAUUCUUCAUUUUCAUACAUAAUUUGCAUAGUUGUUAUUUUUUAGGCGCUCUUUCUCACAUUUUAUGAUAUUUUCCCGAAAGAAAUUAUCUUUAUUCAAAUAUCUGUGUUCAGUAUCCUGCUUUUUCAAGCAGUUUCUAUAAAAAAAUACAAAGAAGUAAGUGAAGCUGGCAUGCGAAAAUAACAUUGGAUGGAGUUACUCCAAGUGUUUGAUUUUAGUUCUGAGCAUGCAUGUCAUUUCAGUAGAUCGCUAUUCUAAAAAAAGUAAUACAGAGGUCCAAUUGAACAAUUUCUCAAAUAACAUUAUGAGCAUGAACUCGCAUACGAUUUAAGGGCUAAUUCUGAAUGAUAUGUAUAUGCAAUCUGUUGCCUUAGAAAGGACUAUUGAUUAAACAGUAUCCAUGGUCAUGUGUUUGGUUCACUGUUACAGUGCUCAAUGAUAUUCGUAUGAAGCCUUUUCAAAUGGAAGUGCCUGAGGUCAAUGGUGCACUUUGAAGGUGAUUUUGUGAGUGAUCAGUAUUAAAUACUGGUCAUAGGAACACAACGUUAAAUCCACUAGUUUAAGUACUUCUUGAAUAUGUUCAAAAUAAUAAGAAGUCUUCAAUCUGGUUAAUGUAUUAAAUGUGAUAAGGUUUUGCUGUAUGCGCUUAUUCGCUUUCAUGGUUUUACUUUUCUUGUAUAUGGCAUUGACCAAAAGUUGGUACAUAUGCUCAAGUUUACAUGUAGAUUCAUUAUAAUAAUGGUCCUUAAUGUAUCCUUUGUGACUGUUUCGAAUGAUGUAUUUAUUAAACAUAGUUUUUUCGAAGAUAUGUGGAAACUUGUGUUUCCAAGAGACUGCUUCUGGGUAUAUCCAGAUAAGUGUUUCAUGUUUAGUCAAAGGAUGAUUUACGCAAUUUUAUGUUUGGUCCUUAGACAAAGGAUGUUUUUUGGCAUGUAAAUUUGCUAUAUAUGUACAAUGUAUAUCAUAAGUCUACAGAAAGCAAAUUCAGCAAGAUGAGUGUCAGUCUCAUGUUAGCUUAGUCUCUUGAUGUUUUGUAUAGAAAUCUUCAAAAGAUAUUUACAGUGAUUCGUUCAAAUGCUGUGUGUUGAACAAUAUGGUGCAAUGUUUUAGGGACAGUUUUGUAUUGUAUAAAUUUUAAUUGAUAAGAUCAAAGUGUUGGCUAAGCCUCCUUUCCUUAUACAUAGAUCUGACUCUAGACAUAUAAGAUGUGCAAUAAACAGAAUAGUGAACUAAAAAGAAAAAGGUAUAGAUUCUAUGUAUACAUAAACUCAUUUCUUUCAUAUACAUUAACCGCUUGUGUUGUCUAUGUGUAAAAUACUAUCUAUUUUACAAAGAGCCUUUGUAUAUGUAACCUGAAGCAACAUAAAUAGUGACCUAACUAAACUACCGUAUGCUUUAGUUGAUAAUUGGUACAUUGUAUAUUCUAGUCAUAGUAAAUCAAUCUUGAAUUUGCUUUAGCUUACAAAAUCAUUGAAUUCAAUUUAACUAUAUGAUGAUAAUAUUCACAUAUACAUGCAUAGUGCUAUGUUAACAAUAUCCCUCUAGUUGUGUCCUGUAUGUAUCAGUAAUUGUUGUAAUUAUGUGAGGUUAGUGUAGUUACAAUGUCAUGUAUGUUAACCUCUUACCAGAGCACAGACAGACAGACAAGAGUUCAAAAAUAAAUAA